AAUGGAAGUGCCUCUCUCUUCUUUGGUGGAGAUAGGAGACUGUGGAUAGAGAGCGCGGCUGUGUCUCUGCUCUGUGCUCAGACCGAACGCUUUGGUGGUCAGGAUGAAGCUCGGGAGAAUGAGAAGCUGCCGCGGCUGUGCGCCUCGCUCCAGGCGCAUCCUGCGGAGUCUCUGUGACCCCGGAAGGCGAGGACUUGUCUACUUCUUUUCCAUCACAUGAUGCCUGCUCUCUCCUUCGGACCCAGCCCCAGCGUCGCCAAUCCGCUUCCCUCUUGGAGAGAGUGGACCAAUCAGCGAGCGUCUUUGAUGAAUAUUCAUGAGUCCGAGAUUCAAACCUUUGAGCGACUUUGUCUAGGUCCACAGCAUCAUACCUAGGACUUUUCACGGGCACAAACUACAUUUUCUUAUGAAUGGAACGAGAAAAAAUCUGUUCGCCUUAAAUUGGGACCCGUCCUUCACUGAGAUCAUAGAGGCAAAACAACAAAAGCGAGACGAGGGGAACCGCCAGAAGAGAUGACAAUGACUACAAUUCCUGAAAGUCUUAAUAGCCCUGCCUCAGGAAAAACCGUUUUCAUGGAGUUUGGACCCCCGAGUCAACAAAUGUCUCCGUCCUCCAUGUCUCACGGACACUAUCCCAUGCACUGUUUACAUUCUGCAGGUCACACUCAGCACGACAGCUACAGCCCUGCCUCGUCUUUCCCUAGGUCGUUGGGCUAUCCCUACGGCAGUCAUCCCACCAGUCCGUACCUGGGCUCCGUGCAGACGUACCAAAACAGCUCUGCGCUCUCACAGACACGGCUAGAAGACACAGUGCCAGAAGCGGAGAAAAACACUGUGGUGGAAGGUGGAGAAGUGCGCUUCAACGGAAAAGGCAAAAAAAUUAGGAAACCAAGGACUAUCUAUUCGAGUUUACAACUGCAGGCUCUGAACAGGAGGUUUCAGCAGACCCAGUACCUAGCGUUACCGGAGAGAGCGGAGCUGGCGGCGUCUCUGGGGCUCACGCAAACGCAGGUGAAAAUUUGGUUCCAAAAUAAACGAUCCAAGUUUAAGAAGCUGAUGAAGCAGGGGGGAGGCACCAUCGAUACCAAUGCUUUGUCCAGUGGCCGUGGACUCUCCACGGGCUCCCCGUCCGUACCUCCGGUGUGGAGCUCUCCCACAACAGUUAAGACGUCAGCGGGGUCCACCGGCUCCUACAUCCCCAGCUACACUUCUUGGUACCCGACCACACACCAAGAGUCUAUGCAACAGUCGCAGCUCAUGUGAGCAAACGGCGAGCUUGGACUCGGACUCUAUCGCGGCACGUGCACCAGGACGUGGCGCACGGUCAGGCCACGCACAAACCGAACCCGGAGCACUGAGCCUGAGCCGAGGCUCCAGAGGCGGGGGCUAAAGACUGAAGGCGAGGAGCCUGAGGGCGACAGGGCCGUGACGAUGCGCGGAAGUCGCACAAGCGGAUCUUUUGGCUGCUGUUUAUCAUUGUGUCAGUUUAGAUUUAUUUUUAUCACACGUGAGAGAUUUUCUAUUGAGCUGCAGUUUGGGCCCACGGAGCCGCAGCUAAACUAAUUUAGACCAAAGGUGUUCCUUUGAUAAAUAUGUUUGACCACAGCAGUAGUUUCAGCAAUGCCUCAAGGUGCUGUAUGUUGUUACUCUGUGUUUGUUAUUUAAGUUAAAUUAUUCCGAUGAAUUUUGUUUCUUUUGAAGUCGGUCUGUGUUCAGUCUGUGUUCCAGAGACAACACUGUUCUAGCUGCACUUAAGUAAAGCUUUCUAUGCCGUGCCCCGGUGUUAUGUGAAAUGUAGAAGGCCUGACGAGACGUGCUGCUUUGAAAAACACGUGGAUGUGAUGAGCAGUUCUUCUGUCACUGUAUUUUGUACAUAUUUCACAUUUGUUUUGUGCUGUACUCAAUACGCUGUGAAACAAGGUCUUUUGGCUUUCUGUAUCUGUCGAGAUGUGUUUAGUCAACAUAGAAAAUAUUUAGUUUUGUAUUGAUCACUUUAAUUUAUUUAUGUUUAUGUACAUAAUGUUCACAUUUUCAGAAGCAGUAAAAGUCUGAUUUAAAUUAUGCCAUAAACGUUUGACUGAAGCCUCCUCUCUCGGUGUUAUCGUAGCACACCUUUGAUUUAUGACUGUUCAGAGCUGAGCACAUGGCUACUCACUGCUCACAGAUGUUGUGCAACCU